AUGUCGCCACUAAUCGUUUUACGUCGAUUGCCAGCAGCGAUGACACGAGAACAGCUCGAAACACAGCUAGCUCCUCUACCAGAAUUGGAGUUUUUCGAAUUCAUUUCUGCUCGACCGGGUGGACCGGUUUCGUUUGCACAAGCAUAUUUUGCUUUCAAAAACGAAGAUGAAAUCGUCCCGUUCAAAGAGCGUUUUCAUGGCUAUGUUUUUGUGGACAACAAAGGUAACCGUGAUUACUCACAUGCAUUUUCCUCCUGUUAA